AGCCGCCGGCCGCCAUGUUGCUCACGCACGCGCGCGCGCGUGCGUGUGUGUGUGUGUCGCGUAAAGGUUACCGACCAAAGUCUCGAGAAGACGACACUUGGCGUGCGAGUGAUCGCUGCUCCGCGGAAAGGAAUCUUCCGGCGACUCGCGGCACGAGAAGACGCGUCGCAACACGACGAGAGGAAAGAUGUCCGCUCCGGGAAACGGCGGUGGCGAUGCCGCUAGCGGCGGCAACGGCAACGGUUGCUGCUCGACGAUCGUCAAGAAGCUCGGCCUGCGACCGGUCACGCGGUGCAACCUCGCCAAGUUCUACGCGCCGGCAUUCGGCGCCGCCUCGUACACCGCGAUGUCCGUCAACGUCAUGAACCCGAGCCUCGUCGUCAAAAUAUUUCCGAAGAGGGACAUUACGAAUUUUUUACUGGCUGGCACUCUGGUUGGCACCGGAUCGUACAUCUAUACACGUGAACACAUGAAGUCCGCGCCGCAGUCUGUGAGAAUUCUGUACAGCGCUACCGGCGCGGUAUUACUGAGCCUGGGAUCAGUCUUACUGUGGGCGGUGAUACGUUCCAUAGUGCCGCCAAGCCCGGUCUGCUGUACGGUAGCUGGCAUCGGCACCGGAGUCGCGUUUCUGAAAGUCGGCUCGAGUUAUCUCGAAUUUGUGGACGGGCAAAUAGCAAAAAAGUAGGCUGCGCCCUCACGCCUUCUGCCCUUUUCUUUCCCAUCUUCGAUUUGUAUUUCGAAUUUGUUACGGAAUUAAAUUAUAUUACGUCGAAACAAGGAACACGGCACACCUCUUGUCUGUUGCAUUUUGCGCGCGACUCCGUCGGAGUCGACGUGUCUUGUGGAAGUCUCGUCGCGCGGCGAAAGAUUAUGGAGAGCGAUUCGAUACUCCCAUCCAUCGGAUCCCUGAAAUUCUUUCGGGUGCAAACUAUAUGUAAGUAACGUGUUUUUCCACCACGGGUUUUAUAUACGCGCGUUUCGUUCUAAAGACAAAAAGAAAAGAGGUGCGGGCGGACACCUCGAUUCCGAAAGUGUGAAUUGUCGUAUCGCGCAAAAAUGCGACACCGGCGACCCUAGCGUUGAAGGUAAUUAUCCGCGGAUAGCAAACGUUAAACGCUUUUCUCUUCGCUCAUUGUUCGCCGGACUGCAUGUUACAAAUUGUUCGUUAUGGUAUACGUUGAUAAUGCAUUGCACACACUUUGGGAACUUUAAACGGGUCUCUCGUAAUUCCAGCGCGUUUAGGAAACCGGGAAAUAUGAGCGUCCUGUUGUCGACAAACACGUUUUAUAAUAAGCUGCAUAAGAAUGCAUCGUCAUGUGUAGAUAACUUGUCACCAUAAAUAUAUAAAUAUACAAAUUGUGACACGAUAGAAAAAAAGAA